AUGGGAAAACAUCCGUUGCUUGUAACGCUGGUGGUUCUCGCGAUCAGUGGCGGUGCAUUUACGGCGCAUGAUGCCGACGAGGGUAGCCCUUUUCUCGACAUGGCCACCGAGUUCCUGUCGUCGAUGGGGAACCAACAGGGUGGUGGUGGUGGAGGUGCAGCAGGACUUUCCGGCAUAGCGUCCAUGUUGUUGCCGCUGAUGGCGAACGCGAAUGGUGGUGGUAAAGCCGGCGGUGGCAACGACGGAAUGGGUGCUAUCCUGUCCGGAAUCGGAAGUAUGUUGGCUGCCGGUGCUAAUGGCGGUGGUGGAACCAACGGUGGUGGUUUUGAUCCGGCAUUGAUCGGAAAUGUGAUUCAAAUGUUUGCUGGUGCUGCCAGCGGCGGUGGUGGCAGAGAUCACGAUGACGACACUAGCGAUGAGCCUAUUCGACGACGUCAGCAGCAGUCCAGUGGAAAGCGCCAAAAACGGAAGGCUCCGGUGGAUCAGGGACAGAAUCCGCUCGUUGAUACUGUCCUUACGAUGGCCUCAAGCUGGCUUGCGAACUACAACAAUGUCGAGCAGGAUCAGCAAUCGUCCGGUGGUGGUGGUGGUGGUGGAGCAGAUGCCCUUGCCAACCUGCUACCACUUGCCGUACAAGCCUUCCAGUCAUUCACUGGACCGGAAAUGGAACGCACUCAGGAGAAGCACAAAGGUCACGCGUGGGUGUUGCCACCGUUCCUCGAGAAUCUGCACGUUAUGUGGGACCAAUUCACGCAGUCCGAGCUGGCCGAGGCGUUGUGGACGAAGAUGGGUUUGCACACCGUGUUCAAAGGUUUUGUUGGACGCGCCGGAAAGCUGGACUACGACAAGCUGUUCCAGUCACUGCAGAACCAAUCGUUCCGGCGACGUUGGAUCAAAGCGGCCACCAUCUACCUCGCCGAGUGGGUCAACUACAUCGCCAAUCCGGAGGUGUACCAGCGCUACGUCGCUACCGGGCAGCUGAUGGCCAACGGAUUCCUGCAGUCCCAGGGCUACCCCAAGCAGACACUGCUGGACAUUAACCGGCCCAGUGAGACGAUUUCGAGCCUCAUCGAUCACGUGGCGAAGCGGUACCUCGCGGUGAAGAUAUCCUCCAUCCAGUACGUGAAACCGGCCGUACACUACGUGAAGGAUCUGCUGAAGCUCGGCAAGGCCAAGCAAUUCCUGCAGCAGUACAACGUGACGGAGAUGACGGACAAGCUGACCGAUACGCUCAAUCUGGAGGUGAUCGAGCCCGUCCUGAAAGUGCACCGUGCGUAUCGGCAAGCGAUCGCGACGCCCCACUGCGACAAGUACAUCCUGUGUGAGAUUAAUUCGCACGAUCCAAGCGAAAAGUUGGGCCUGGGCGGAUUUAAACAUGGCGUGACACGAUUCGGCAGCAUGGCGGCCGCGUGGUUCAUCGCGCUGGAAACACGCACGCCCUUCUGGACGCUGUUCGCGAUCAUUAACGAUCCGCACCACUGUGAUAUCAAGCACCCGGUCGAUUGCGCGGAGUAUCACGAAAGUGAGCAGCGUGUCACUACGGACUACCCGCACAACGAGCUGUAA